CAGCAGAUCGCGGCGCUAACGGGCUCGACCACCAGCCCGCUUUCCGGUCCCUCACACAGGACACGCAGCCAGAACGCUGACCGGAAGUUGGAUCGGGCCGCGAGGCCUUCUGGGAGCACCUGCGCUCUGGGACUUAACGGUCGAGCGCUGCUUUUGGGGGUCUAUGGAUCUGUCUGUGGGGCUGCUGCGUGUAGCGUCGGAAAGGAAACUGCGUUUCGGGGGCUUGGGGCUCGUGGCGCUGCCGGGAACCCUCCGCGGGAAGCGAGGGAGCGGCCCGAGGGAUCCGGUUUGCGCCGGCCGCGGGCUGCGAGCUCUCGGGGGGCUCGGAGCACCCCGAGUAAGAGCCGUGCCUCCGGGAUGCUCUCCGCCAGCGGAACUGCCCUGUGAAUGUUUGGAGUUGCAGCCAAAAAACUGGUUUCUCAUGAGAAUUGUAUCAGCUGAACCUUUUAAUUCAUUUAUCUGGCUGGACUAUUAGUAGGUCCUACCUCCCCCACACUGAGACAGAUCUGUGGUAUGAGUUUGAAGCCUGAGAACAGGUGUCUGCCAUGGGAGGAGAGCUUCUGAUCUAAGACCCACACUAAAUCUCGAAGAGUCCUGGCCAGGGGUGGGCUCUGCACCUGCAGGCCAUCCUGACCAGUCCUUCCCAGAGCCAACAAGAACCAAAUGACAUCUCAGCCUUGAAAUACCAGCCACAGCUGUACAACAUGGAGCAGUUGGCACAGACGAUGCCUAGAAGAGCUUGGUCUUCCCAGGACUCUGCACUUUGCCAGGAAGAAGAGGACAUGACCAGAUCUUUUAAAACAGUGACAUUCGAGGAUGUGGCUGUGGACCUCACCCAGGAGGAAUGGCAGCAAAUGAAACCUGACCAGAGGAGUUUGUACCGAGAUGUGAUGCUAGAGACCUACAGCAACCUAGUUACCGUAGGUGGUCCAAUCCCCAAACCAGAUGUGAUCUUGAAGUUAGAGCAAGAAGAGGAGCCCUGGGUGGUGGAGGAAGAGAUGUUCUGGAGACGCUCUGCAGAAGUUUGGGAAGUUGAUGAACAGAUGGAGAAACAACAGGAAACACUUGUGAGGAAAGUCACAUCCACCUCCGAGAAACCUCUGAUUAAGGAAAAUGUCAUUGACUGUAAAGAGGUUGCAGAAAUCUUUCUUCUGAGCUCAGAUGUUGUUCCUUCAAGACAAAGCCUCUAUGAUCGUGACUCACUUAAUAAGUGUUUGGAACAAAACUUAGAUAUUCUUAGUUAUAAUAAGGUUUGUGUAAGAGACAAUAACUUUGAAUGUAAUAAGUAUGGGGCUCCAUUUUAUCAUUGCUCACCCUGUGCCAUAGCUCCCUUUAAAUGUGAUCACUGUGGACAAGACUUCACACAUAAACUUGACCUCCUCAGACAUGAGAGAAACCAUGCUGGAGAAAAACCUUAUGGAUGUAAAGAGUGUGGAAAGUCCUUUAGCAGGAAGGAAAAUUUCAUUACACAUCAGAAAAUCCAUACUGGGGAAAAGCCAUAUAUGUGUAAAGAAUGUGGAAAAGCUUUCAUUCAAAUGUCUAACCUCAUUAGACACCAAAGAAUUCACACUGGGGAGAAACCUUACGCUUGUAAGGAUUGUUGGAAAGCUUUCAGUCAGAAGUCAAAUCUCCUUGAACACGAGAGGAUUCACACUGGAGAAAAACCCUAUGAAUGUAAGGAAUGUGGGAAAUCCUUCAGCCAGAAGCAAAAUCUUAUUGAACAUGAGAAAAUUCACACUGGGGAGAAACCUUAUGCGUGUAAUGAGUGUGGUAGAGCUUUCUCUCGAAUGUCCUCUGUUACUCUGCACAUGAGAAGUCACACAGGGGAAAAGCCCUAUAAAUGUAAUAAAUGCGGAAAAGCUUUCUCUCAGUGCUCAGUAUUUAUUAUGCAUAUGAGAAGCCACACAGGUGAGAAGCCUUAUGUAUGUAAUGAGUGUGGAAAGGUCUUCUCACAAAGUUCUUCCCUUACUGUACAUAUGCGAAAUCAUACUGCGGAGAAGCCCUACGAGUGUGAUGAGUGUGGGAAAACCUUCAGCCGGAAAGAGAAUCUUAUUACACAUCAGAAAAUUCAUACUGGAGAGAAACCUUAUGAAUGUAAUGAGUGUGGGAAAGCUUUUAUUCAGAUGUCAAAUCUCAUUAGACAUCAGCGAAUUCAUACUGGUGAGAAACCCUAUGCAUGUACUGUAUGUGGGAAAGCCUUUAGCCAGAAGUCCAAUCUUACUGAGCAUGAGAAAAUUCAUACUGGAGAGAAACCUUAUCUUUGUAGUCAGUGUGGAAAAGCCUUUAGUCAGAGGCAAAAUCUCCUUGAACAUGAAAAAAUCCAUACUGGAGAGAAACCAUUUAAAUGUAAUGAGUGCAGUAAGACUUUUUCUCGAGUCUCAUCCCUUACUCUUCAUAUGAGAAGUCACACGGGGGAGAAACCUUAUAAAUGUGAUAAGUGUGGGAAAGCCUUUGCUCGAUGUUCAUUACUUACUAUACACAUGAGAAGUCACACAGGUGAGAAGCCCUUUGAAUGUAAUACAUGUGGGAAGGAAUGUGGGAAAGCCUUCACCCGGCCCUCACAUCUCCUUCGGCACCAGCGAAUCCACACUGGUGAGAAGCCGCAUAUGUGUAAGGAAUGCGGGAAGGUGUAUAGUUGUGCCUCACAGCUCACUCUGCAUCAGAUGGUUCACACCGGGGAGAAGCCCCACAAGUGUAAAGAGUGUGGGAAAGGCUUUAUCUCUGAUUCACAUCUUCUUCGACAUCAGAGUGUUCACACUGGUGAGAAGCCCUAUAAGUGUAAGGAAUGCGGCAAGGGCUUUCGUCGUGGCACAGAGCUUGCCCGACAUCAGAGAGCCCAUGCUGGUGAUAAACCCUAUAAAUGUAAGGAAUGUGGAAAGUCCUUUACUUGUACCACAGAACUCCUUAGACAUCAAAAAGUUCACACUGGUGAGAGACCCCACAAAUGUAAGGAGUGUGGGAAGGCUUUCAUUCGAAGAUCAGAACUAACACAUCAUGAAAGAAGCCACAGUGGUGAAAAACCCUAUGAGUGUAAGGAGUGCGGGAAGACCUUUGGCCGUGGCUCAGAACUUAGUCGACACCUGAAAAUCCAUACUGGGGAGAAGCCCUAUAAGUGUAAGCAGUGUGGGAAAGCCUUCAUUCGUGGCUCUCACCUUACCCAACAUCAGAGAAUUCACACAGGGCAGAGGAGUGAAUGAGGAAACGCUGCCAUCGGAAAGUCCUGCAGUUAGAGCCCCUACGAUGGCUAACGGGUGUGGGACAGCAACAUCGCAGGCGUCCUCAUCCCUUCCUCAUCCGCACUAGAAUUCACAUGCAGACCCAGUUAGGGCCAGAAACCACUGGACAUUUGUCACCAGUAGGAAACCUUAUAAGUACAGAAAUUAGAAGUGACUUAAUUGUUGCAGAAUUUAUUGUGAGCUUUAGCUAAUGGAAAACUGGAAAUUCCCGUGAAUAUAAAGAAAGUAGGAAUGCCCUGUCAGUAGCCUAGGGCCAAAUAGGCCUCAGGGAAUUCACACCAGAGAAAUUCACACUGAGGAGGCAGUAAACACAUCAGAGGAGUUAGUCCUUCCCCUGGCUACAGAUGUGAUCUUUCGUACUUAAGGUCACACUUACAUUCAAAGUGCAGCACAUUCUCCCUUCAUCCCACUCACAUUUUAUGAAAUAUUUGCAGGUUUAUUCUAUAAAAUGAGCUUGAACUGAGGAGGUGUGUAAAGGACUUGACCAUGUUUACCUUUUACUCAAGAGUUAGAGCAGGGUAAAUUAUUUGCUGACCUUAAAAUUCUUUUAUAAACUAGCAAUGUUAGCAUCGUAUAUCUAGUUAUACUGUGAGGAUGUGUAUAGCCUGCAGACUAGCAUCUACCUAGUUUUUAAAUUGCACCAAAUGCAUCAGGGCGUUGUGGUGCACACCUGUGAUCUAAGCACCUGGAAGCCAAAGGCAGGAGGAUCACAAGUUUGAGGCUAGCUUGAAGGAUAUUCCAAGAAAAAAGUAUACCAAAGAUAGCUGCUUUCUGUUAUUUUCAAACUUGUAAACUUUUAUAUAACAAUCUUAUAAAAGGAAAGCCUUACAUGCCCAGUGGAUGGAGGGACAUUUUGCAUUGUCCCCUAGACUGUACAGAACACAGGUUCCUUUUGAAGAAAAACUGCAAGCUUUCAUUCCCCGUGUGCCCUUCUGCUUUCAGGAGGCUCACGGUUUGAAUACAGACCGUUAUUUUGAUGACACAAGAGUUGUGUGGGCGGAAGAUGAAAGGUUUCUGAGCUAAGGCCGGUUGGACAAGCAAAGUGUAGGCUUUGCCUAUCUGUCGGCAUUACCAUUUCCCUCUGCCAUGUCGCCAGCCACGUACAGUCUGGGCCUCCUCGCUGCACACUUGGUCUCACGUGGGCGAAAGGAUCUGAGCAGAAGUGCACGUGGCUUUAGUAAGAAGACAGGGAAAUGGUCUUCCCACCUGCAGGGAGCACAUCUGUGCGCCAGGCAGCGCCCGAUCUGUGUUGCAGUCCAAAGGGCCGGAAGCUGAGACUGUCCUAGGCAAUGUGAGGUUAUUGACGUUGUGGCUUCAGGAAACCAUGAACUGCAGAAUAAGGAAUGCAUAUGUUGAAAAUUCAGCUCUUUACAGUGUACCUCUUAGAAAUUACCAUUUAAAAUAUUUUUAUAUAUAUAUUCAGUUUCAGUAAGGUAGGGUGUUUAUAUAAAAUUUCAGCUUUUAUAGUAUAUCUGACAUAGAGAAGCAGUAUUUUUAAAGUACUUUUAGCCAUAUUAUCAAAAUAUAUAUUCAGCUUUGACUUAGUAAGAUAUAGGCUGUUUACUUAAAGCAUUUGAUGGUGUCUUUUUAUAUCCUGGAAAAGUAUUGUUUUCCUGAAUGAAGUGAGAGCCAAGGAGAACCUGCUUAAGCAGCUACACUAAUCCCUCUACACCUAAGUCAUCUGGCAGCUAAAAAUCUUCUACCUCAGGACACAAGGCACUCACAGCUAUGCAGGAGCAAACAUUUGACCAAAUUGGAAAAGCACAGCAUCUAAAAUCAAGUCAGCUAUCUACAAAUCCGUUUUACUUAGAGUAGAGGGUAUUCUGACUAGACAGCAAGUCCUGUCGGAAGCCCAGGGAAAAGGAACGAGGUGCUUUGUUCAGACGUUUGUAGGUGCGCUGCUGAGCAAAGAGAAACUCACAGCAGGUGCUGUGAAAGGAAGUUACCUCCCUGCCUGCGGGCUUCCACUUGGGAACAGCGCCCUCUAGUGAGUCCAUCCGGCUCACGCUGCUAAGGGUUAGACUACUGCAGACAGAGCAGGCAGAGUCCAGGUAGGGAGUGCCUACUAUCCACUUUGGUUUUUUGAUACAGGUCCUCAUGAGCUGGGGCUGACUAGUGAACCCCAGGGACCCACUUGGCUCUGUAGCCUUAGCACUGGAAUUAAAAGCAAGUGCCACAUCACCUGACUUUUUUAUGUGGAUUUUUGGGAGAUGAACUCAGGUCCUCAUGCUUGUACAGCAAGCACUUUAUUGACUGAGCAUCUCCAGCCCAUCAAGUAUUUUUUAAAUGGGAGUUUUAAUCUGCACUGGUAUAUUAAUAAUCUAAAAUUUUAGCUAUUCUAAAAAUAAAACUUGCACACAUUUUAUAAGAAUUAAUAAAAGCAGGAUUUUAAAUGUGAUAUUAGUACUAAUUUUAGUGUUAGAAGGAUAACUCUUUACUUUUCUGCUCAUGUGUACAUACUUUUUUCAAGACUUGAAUGUCCUCUCCCAAAUGUUAUGUGUCAUGAUGCACCUGAAAGCAAGAAUAGGCUGCAGUGCCUUCUUUAGGGAAGCAGCGUUGCAUGCACUGUUGUCAGUGGAUGCCGUGCUCCGUGCUCACUCUGGCUGGGGCACACCCUUUGGUAACAGGUUCUGGAUGGGAAGGGUAUUGAAUGGAAUUGUGCAUGCACACAGAGGAGUGCAGCCGCCUUUCCUCACGUUGUAAUCUACUAUAAACCUCUUUCUAGUCAGCACAGAUCUAACCAGCUUCACGUAUUCACACAGCCCGUUCUUCACCAGCAAGGUUGAGGUUAUUUUACCAUCAACGAUGAGUUCAGGACCCAGAUAUUGCCAUAUGUUGGAGUUUCUGCUUCUGUAAAGCAGGUGAACUCCUGCUAUUUGAAUCCUUGCCUUAACAUAGUAGAUUUAAAAUGUACUCGGUGCCUUAUUAUUUUUGUGGGAAGCUCGCCAUUAUCUCAACAGAAAUGUGUGUGUUUCCCAGCAGUGUAAACCAGGACUGAAAAUGUCCCUUCCAUUUGCACUUCUUAACUGCCAGCAAGGCCGAGCAUCUCCUGUGCCUGUGGGACAUUUGAGCGUUUUUUCUGUGACUUGCACAUUGCUGUCAGCCUCCCUUUGUAAAUCUGGAGUUGGGCCAGGCGGUGGUGCAGUGGUGUGCACGCCUUUAAUCCCAGGCAGAGCAGAUCUCUGUGAGUUCGAGACCAGCCUGGUCUAUAAGAGCUAGUUCCAGGACAGGCUCCAAAGCUACAGAGAAACCCUGUCUCCAAAAAACAAACAAAAACUGGAGUUGGAUUUGUUUUUUUGUUUUGGUUUUUUUUUGUAGAAACAUGGCUAGAUCAUAUUACCACAUUAGCAGUUUAUUGUCUUAGUCUAGCAAAUGUCAUUUGCCCUUGUUUAUAUUAAAAUAAUAGUUACCAAAUGUUGUUUUAUGAAGGGCCAGGCAGUAUUUCAGGCUUUGGGAGCCUGUUUCCAUGCACCCUUUGCAGCAGGGAAACGCAUCCCGUCUGAGCCAGCGGUUCUCGGCCACUUCUGCCGCAUCCCCAGUAGACAUCUGCCAAUGUCCGCAGGCAUUUUGUUUGUCACUUUAAAGAUGAUUGCUGCUUGUGUCUUGUGGGCAGAGGCCAGAGAUCUUCUCGGUGUCUUGUGAUGCACAGCACAGCCCCAAGCAAAAUAAUGUCGCUCUCCAAAGAUGUCAGUUACCUUUCUGGCCAAACUGGAUAUACCGUGUCAAUCAAACCUUCACAGAAGGCAGCUGGUGGAUUGUGCCUGUAGGUGUGGUUUCCUCGCCCUUAUUUUAAAUAGCUUUUGUCUGUAUGCUGUUUUACUGGUUUUGUUUCUGAAUUAUCUUUUAUGCCAGGUGGUUUUCUGUAUUUUAUUGCCUUAAGUCUUCUUCCCUAAGAAUUGAGAGGCUCAGUAGUGUGUGUAAGGGUGGCCCAGUAUUUUUUAAGCAUGGAUUUUUGUUUGCUUAGUUUUGGUUGAAAUUAUAUAAAAUAAAUCAUUUCA